UUAUUUUCCCCUCUUUGCUGUGAAUUGUCUACAUUAAUUGCUUUUAUAUGCUUGCAUAGUGUGUGUGCGUGAAGCAAAUAUGCUGUAUGAUGGACUCUCUCCAAUCUCUGCAUAACCUAUGUGAACAUUAGUGGAGCCAGAAUCUUCAUAUAGAGGGAAUGGGUGUGGUGGGGAGGGGUGAUAUAUCUGGCUUCUCUUCCUUUUCUUUCUUAUCAACAAUUAGUUCUAUAUUGCGAUGUCCUUGUUAGAUAGGUGCUCCCUUUUCCUUUGUACCAAAAUUUAACACUUCAUUCUUCUUUUGGCACGUAAUUUAUUUCCAUAGUUUGGUGUUCUGAUCGAGGAACCAUGUUAAAUGUUAGCCCUUGAUGAGCUUCGCAGUUAAGUUCACAGUAACAUUCAGGAAGCAAUUGGAACUGAGAAAGUCAUCCAAACACAACUUAUUGCAAAAAGAAAGAACUAACGCUUGUGAGCACUCAACAAAUGGUCGGCCCAACUCAUAGGACUCUUUAAGCUUUAAAUGCCUGAUCCCAGAACUAAAUGCCAGUUAACUACUGAGAUUUGGUGGAGAUUGCAGUUCUCAUCCUCUCUUAUAAAAGCCUCACAAAGUAGCUGAGGUGAAGCAUUCAAAUAUAUGCAGAAAGCAUUCUCCCUGGAGAAAUCUUCCAUCCAAUGUAUGUUCUGUAUAUAGAGCAGUAUCACUGUGAAUGUGCUAGUCGUAUAUAGAAGGAAUCGUCAACGGCAUUUGCAUGCAGUGAGGACAGUUGUGGCACUGCAAUGGAUUAUAUUAUACUGUCCGUCUCCCAGUCCUAGGGGAUGAUAGUCUUGGAGGAAUAUGGCUACAAAUCCACAUUGAAGCAUAAAUCAUACUACAGUGCAUGUUUGAAAAUUCCUCCGCAUAUCUUGUGAAUAUUAAAUAAUAAUGUGUCAUGUAACAUAAAAAAAUGUUUCUUUUCUUGGUCUUACAGAAAUGAUCCUCUAUAUAUUUAUAUCAUUUAUUAACAUAUGGUUAUAUUUGUGGAACCUCUAAUGUAACUUCUUCAUAGUUGGGCCAAUAUGGGCUCAUAUUAACAUGUUACUGCUAUACUUUUUUGCUAAUUAUUUAAAAUUAUGAUUUUCUAGAAAUAUGUUGGUAUCAUAAGCUUGAUGAAAUGAAAAAAAUACAAAACACCAGCCAAUGUUGUAUUAAUUUAAGUUCUUUUAAUUCUGUUUUGUCUUCAUCCUCCUCCUAUACCUUUCACCGUACCUUAUGUAAGGUUUUGAUACUGGUCAUCAUUUACCACUGGCAUAAUUAUUUGAAUUGAAAAGAUCACAAACUUGUCCUAAUUUCACAUUAAAUAAUUGCUAUUUUCAGUACCUUCUCUCUAUAUAAAGUCAUAUGCCAAUUCAUUUCACUCACACCAAACCAUCAUAAAACAACACAACACAGAUAAACAGAGGAAAGCAAAAAAAUGAAGAAUCAAGUUUGCUCCAGCAUCCUUCUCCUUAGUCUUCUCUUUCUUGUCAUAAGCAGUGCAGAAUCUCAGACAUGCAAGCCCAGCGGCAAGAUAAGAGGUAGAAAGCCUCCCCCAGGACAAUGCAACCAAGAAAACGACUCAGAUUGCUGCGUAGAUGGCAAGCUUUACACUACUUACAAAUGUUCACCACCAGUGAGCAGCCACACAAAAGCAAAGCUAACAGUGAACAGUUUUGAAGCUGGUGGUGACGGGGGUGCACCAUCUGAAUGUGAUAAUAAAUUCCAUUCAGAUAAAGAGCUGGUGGUAGCACUUUCCACAGGAUGGUUUGACAACAAGAGUAGGUGCUUGAACUAUAUUACUAUCCAUGGAAAUGGAAAAAGCGUCAAGGCCAAAGUAGUUGAUGAGUGUGACUCUACCAUGGGAUGUGAUUCUGAUCAUGAUUAUCAACCUCCUUGCCGAAACAAUAUUGUGGACGCCUCCAAAGCGGUCUGGAAUGCCUUGGGAGUGUCUGACCCUGAUGAUGUGGGAGAAAUGGACAUAUACUGGACCGAUGCUUGAGCAAUUGAGCUUGAGCGAUCCCUAUAUAAUACUCUAAUAUAAUUCUCAUUCUCUAUGUAAUGUUCUCUUGUUUAUAGAAUGAUACAUGUAUUUUAUAUUUGUACCAUAUAAAUGCAUUAUUGUGCCAUA